AUGCCAAGCUGUUCGUCGCCCUUCACCCGGGAGAGCGCUGCUGGCGCUGCCGGCACUGAGGACAUCGAUGACGCCCCGGGCUCGACGAUUAUCGCCGCCCAACGCAGCCGCCUCCGCGAGCUGGUGGAUCGUGCAUACAACGAUGUGCUUCGCACUGUUCCCCACCUAAGGCCGCUCAUGACGUUCUCAAAGUACGGCCUCGGUGUCACCCUCAUCUUGUGCGUGACGGUCAUCUGGGUGGCAUCCUCGGUCUGGAUCCAGUACAUCUUCGGGUCCCUCGAGUUCAACAAGCCGUUCUUCCUCACGUACUUUAACACGACUGGGUUUUGCUUUUGGAACGCCGGCUUCUUUCUCUCGCCUCGCUGGCGGCGCACGCCAUGGGAUGAAACAUCGCAGACGCAGCCGGUGUGCAUCGAGGAUGGACGGCUGGACUCGAGGGAGCCGUCGUCGACGGAGGAGGAGGAGGUGGCGGCGGUAGAAGACGACGGCAGCAUUGGAGCAGUGAGGGAGGUGCCUCAUCAUAGCACGGCCGUGUCGGGUGUGAGCCCGACUUUCUCCCACGCCGUCCGACACUGUCGAAGUCUUGCAGAAUGGGAGUUGCAGCGGUCAAUGAACCACUGCUCACCCUCCUCGAACCUGGUUUCACAUGCUGCACCGCAUUCGACACAACCGCCCCACUACGGCCAUGCUCCCCUGUCACGGUCGCCGAUCACCGCCGUGAGUGUCCGCCACGCUGGAACGCCACCGUCGACGCCGUGGCUCCCCCCGGAGCAGGUGCUGUGUAGUGCUGAUGUCACUGGCAGGAGUCUGCUGGUUGACAACGAUGACAUCGAUGGCGGCAGCAACCUUGGCAACGCGCACGGUGUGAUCAGGUCGACGGUGCGGUUGCACGUCGCGGACGAGUGCCGCGACUAUUCCCUUCCCACCUCGUUGGCGUCGAGUGCGCGAGAGGAGGUGGUCAGUGUCAUCCUGACAAAUGAGGACCAGUUGGCGGACGCUGCCCUGUGGCAGGUCGCGACGCGCCGGGAAGUAGUGAUUUCCUCAAAGAUGCUCCGCCACAACGGUACCGGGGCGCCGCCGCGACGCCGCUAUCGUCAGCGCGCGCGUCGGCAGCGCAUUCGCCGCUACUCGCUCCGGCGCAUCUGGCGGUGCGCGCUCGUCUUCUGCCCGCUUUGGUUUCUAGCCAACUACCUCUUCAACCUCUCCCUCUCGAUCACUUCGGUGGCCUCUAACACGAUCUUGAGCUCCACCUCGUCGAUCUGGGCGCUCUUCUUAUCCCACAUGUUGCUGCGGCACCCUGUGGAGAGGAAUCGGUUUGUGGCGGUUGUUCUCAGUGUCAGCGGUACAGUUGUGGUGGGACUGUCCGACAAGGACCCCGCUGGCGGGCACAGUACCGUUGGCGGCAACAUCGUGGCGCUACUGUCCGCGUUCUUCUACGCCGCCUACACAUCUGUGCUAAAGUUUCAUCUGCCGGAGGAUGAGCGCUUUUCCAUGGGAAUGGUGUUUGGCGCUGUCGGCGUCUUGAACUUUGUUUUCCUGUGGCCUGGUCUGGUGCUGCUUAGCGUAACGGGCGCGGAGAAGUUUGUGUGGCCAUCCUGGCAGCAGUUCUGGCCCUUGCUCAUGAACUCUCUCAUCGGCACCAAUCUCAGCGACGUGCUGUGGGCCCGCAGCGUCGUGCUCACUUCCCCGGUGGUCGCCACGCUUGGGCUGUCGCUCACCACCCCGCUUGCCAUGGUCGUGGACGCCGUCUCCAAGAAUGCGCACUUCAGUGGUGCCUACGUGGCCGGUGCCGUCCUUGUGAUGGCGGGGUUUCUGCUCGCUAACUUGCCGAUUUAG